GCCGUCGCUCUAUUUCCCCCAAACCUGUGCCUCCGUCUCCGUCUCCGUCUCCGUCUCCGUCCAGAACUCCAGAUCCAGCCAUCCUCGCUUGCUCCCGCUGCAGCCGCACCUCUCUCCAUUCCUUCCCGCAUCGGCGGCGGGCGGGCGGGCGUCCUUCGCCUUCCUCUUCCCCCGAGCGGGGAUUGGCGUGGAGGCGGUUUCUUCGAUUUCCGGUAAGGCUGUCCUGGCUUCUCUUGCACGGGCUGUUCGUUUCGCCGCAGAGUCGCAUCGUUGGUUGUUUCGCCCCCCGUGAGCCGUCGAAUCAAAAUCAUUCUUUUUCGAGUGGGGAUUGCCCCUGGACGUUUAGCUUGUCGCGGAUUUACUCGCUGCAAGCGUGGUGGGGGUGGUAACUGGUAAUUGACUAAUUUCAGCGGUUUAUUUCCCCCAAAUUUGAACCGUCUGCCCCUGGUAAUGUACGGUCUUUCACUUGAGAUAAAUGCCUGCUCUUUUCUUUUUCCCUCUACUGUAUCAUCCUCGUACCCUAUUGGUUGGCACUUAAACGCUGGGACACAAAUUAAGCAUACCAUUGCUUUCAUUUGUCAUUGGCAUUUAGCUCAUCGAAUGCUAGAUAGGGACUUAAGUCGGACUUUUCUUUAUUUUUUUCGAGUCCUGCUCCUAUCUGUUACUGCCACGAGUAUCAUAUUUUAUAUGCUGAUUGUUCCAGUGUUAUGUCCUUCUCCAGUGGCACAGCUGUUCAACUGAAGAGCAGAUUCUUGUAGUGCAAUGGCUGUGGAAAGAGAUGUCUUUGGCAUCUCUGGGCCGACAUACCUGAAAUCUGUUGAUUGGGACGCACAGCAUGUCAAUUGAAAUAUACUAGGAACCAAUUUAUUUGGACAACCUUAAGGGUUAUGUUUGCAAAGCGCAAAGAUUCUAAUCUGUGUCAUGGACUGUGCUCGGCUGUAUUUCUGCAUCCUCAGAACUGCGAGCAUAAUCGGAGAUCUGUGGCUGCAAGCUUAGUUCAGGCUGUAUAUGUGUUGGAGAGAGACCGACAAUUAAAUCGCCAAUCUGUUGAAGCCCUGGCUCCUCCUUGGUGGGAAUUCUUCCAUUUUGAGCUGAUUCGCAAGCUCAUUGAUGAUGCCGAUAUGUCCAUAUUUGGUGCAAUAUUUGAAUUCAAUCCUCCUUCAAGUGAAGAAGCUUCUGCUGUGAAUGCUCCAAGAUUUGUCAUUGCUUUCAGAGGCACCAUAACAGAAAGGGAUACCAUCUCUAGGGAUCUUUCCCUUGACAUCCACCUUGUACAAAAUGGUCUCCACAGGACCUCAAGAUUUACCAUUGCAAUGCAAGCUGUUCAAAAUGUUGCCUCAGUUUUUCCUGGAUCCAAAAUUUGGUUAGCAGGGCACUCAUUGGGUGCUGGUAUGGCUAUCCUUACUGGAAGAAACAUGGUUAAGAAGGGUGUGCUUUUGGAAAGCUUUCUCUUCAAUCCGCCCUUUGUCGCUGCUCCAAUUGAAAGGAUCAGAGAUGAAAAGGUAAAGCACGGUUUCCGCAUUGCUAGAAGUGUAAUUACCGCUGGAUUAACUAUUGCAAUGAAAGGUAAAACUGAGGGGAACAGUCAGAGAUCUGUUGCUGAUGAAUCUUUCAGCAUUCUGUCAUCGUGGACGCCGUAUCUAUACGUUAACCCAGGAGACCACAUCUGUUCAGAGUACAUCGGGUACUUCCAACACCGGAAGAACAUGGAGGAUCUCGGUGCUGGUUUUAUUGAGAAGCUUGCGACCCAGAAUUCCAUCGGAGAUCUGUUCUUCAAGGCAUUAGGGUGGGAAUCAGAACCACUGCACCUUCUCCCAUCUGCUGACUUGAUCGUCAAUGUGAGCCCUUCACCUGAUUUCAAAUAUGCUCACAGCAUCAGCCAAUGGUGGCAGCCAGAGCUGAACUUGCAGUGCAGUAAAUAUCGGUACGAAUAGCUAUACACUGCUCGAAAAGGAAGAUGUUCUUAGAAACUAUAGUCUUCUAUUCUUUCAGUUUAUUCAUGUGGUCCAUUCCAUUUAUAUGACACUAUUUCAGACACAAGACUGCAACCUUGACCUGCAAAAUCUAUUGAUUAUGUACAGUAAUCAGAUUAACUGCAUUUCUGUACAAUGAUGUGCUUACUGGUGUUAACUAGUUCAGCUGUACAAAGUACAUUAUGAUGUGCUUUCUUAUUUCA